AUGAGUUUGAAGGGCUUUCAGAAGAGCCUGGUUCGGGCGCCACAGACCUUCAAGUCCCGCUUCAAUAUUGGUGAAAAUACCAAGGACAUGGUCUACAGUGACGCCGAGCGCCGAUUUCAGGAACUUGAGACAGAGACGAAAAAGCUCCACGAUGAAUCGAAGAAAUAUUUUGACGCCAUUAAUGGCAUGUUAAACCACCAGAUCGAAUUCUCCAAAGCAAUGACCGAAUUAUACAAACCCAUCUCCGGCCGUGCUUCCGACCCCAGCUCGUACACGAUCGAAGGCAAUCCGGAAGGUAUCCAGGCCUGCGAGGAAUACGAGGCAAUCGUUCGCGAUCUUCAGGAGUCACUAGCGCCCGAAUUGGAAAUGAUCGAAAGCCGGAUCAUCAGCCCGGCAGAUCAAUUGCUCGAGGUGAUUAAGGUUAUUCGGAAGGUCGCGGUCAAGCGGGAUCACAAGAAGUUGGACUACGACCGACAUCGCAACUCCCUGAAGAAGCUCCAGGACAAGAAGGACAAAUCGCUCAAGGACGAAAAGGCACUCUACAAGGCGGAAAACGACGUCGAGCAAGCCACGCAGGAAUACAACUACUACAAUGACUUGAUGAAGGACGAGCUACCCAAGUUGUUCGCCCUCGAGGCCGAGUUCAUUCGCCCGCUCUUCCAGUCCUUCUACUACAUGCAACUGAAUGUCUUCUACACGCUGCACGAGAAAAUGCAAGGGAUAAACAUUGGAUACUUCGAUCUCACGCUGGAUGUUGAGGAGGCAUUCGAAAAGAAGCGAGGCGACGUGAAGGAGCGCGCCGAGGAGCUCACCAUUGUUCAUUUCAAGACCAAGGGCCUGGGUCGACAGAACUCGAAAUUCGGCCCCAAAGACAAAAUGGCGAACGAGAACAAGGAGCGCUUUGCUCCGCGACAGAAGGACCCCGAAGCUGGUGUCGACAACCCUCCGCCCCCCUACACCUCCGCCGCCAGCACCGGCAGCAGCUUCAUCGCCGCCGCCAAGUCAAAGCCCGCUCCUCCCCCUCCCAAGCCCAAGCCAGCUCGGUUUGCCGCACAAGUCGAGACAGUCACAGCACUGUACGACUACGAAGCACAGGCGCAUGGAGACCUCAGCUUCUCCGCGGGUGAUGUCAUUGAAAUUGUCCAAAGGACGGACAACCAAAACGAAUGGUGGAGUGGCCGUGUUGACGGCCGCGAGGGGCAAUUUCCAGCAAACUACGUUCAACUCAAUUAG